UGGGGGGGGAGUAUUAAAACGCCGGAAGUAGUUUAGCGCGCAGGCGGAAGUGGUUGUAAAGGGGCUCAUGGUUUUUGCGCCCAGACUGAGCCGAGGUCUGAGCCACUGAAUGACUUUGGACAUCUGAACUCAGUCUUUGGUUCAUCCUGUGCUGAAAACAUCUGUCUGCUGUUUGCUUCAUAACUGGACAAGAUGGAGCAAAACAACAGCUUGCCUUCAUUCCCACAAAGCCUUGCGUCGCCUCAGGGGGCCAUGACGCCUGGUAUCCCCAUCUUUAGCCCUAUGAUGCCUUAUGGGUCAGGGCUUACACCACAGCCAGUACAAAACACCAACAGCUUAUCAAUUUUAGAGGAGCAGCAAAGGCAGCAACAGCAACAACAGCAGCAGCAGGCGGCAGCAUCUCAACAGCAGAGUGGGAUAGUGGGAACAUCAGGCCAGACUCCUCAGUUUUAUCACUCACAAGCUGUUUCUACUACAACAGCACUGCCAGGAAACACCCCUCUCUACACAACCCCUCUCACACCUAUGACCCCCAUCACUCCUGCCACACCUGCUUCAGAAAGCUCUGGCAUUGUCCCUCAACUACAAAAUAUUGUCUCAACUGUGAAUUUGGGAUGCAAACUUGACCUGAAGACAAUCGCACUACGAGCCAGGAAUGCUGAAUAUAACCCAAAGCGUUUUGCAGCCGUCAUCAUGAGAAUACGAGAACCCAGAACAACUGCUCUGAUUUUCAGUUCAGGCAAGAUGGUCUGCACAGGAGCUAAGAGCGAGGAGCAGUCUCGUCUGGCUGCCAGGAAAUAUGCAAGAGUAGUGCAGAAACUGGGUUUCCCUGCCAAAUUUCUAGACUUUAAGAUUCAGAACAUGGUUGGAAGUUGUGACGUCAAGUUUCCAAUCCGACUCGAGGGUCUGGUUCUCACCCAUCAGCAGUUCAGCAGUUAUGAGCCAGAGUUAUUCCCUGGUUUAAUCUACAGAAUGAUUAAACCCAGAAUUGUGCUUUUAAUAUUCGUUUCAGGCAAAGUUGUACUCACAGGUGCAAAAGUGAGGGGUGAAAUUUAUGAAGCAUUUGAAAAUAUAUAUCCUAUCUUAAAAGGAUUCAGAAAGACUACAUAAUCCUGUUGACCUGCACCUUCUUAUUGUACUUGUUUGAGGGAACCGAUUUUACUGCGACAUCUGUUCUCUUAAUUUUGUUUAAUUAUGUAAAUAAUGUUUUAUUCACGAAUAGUGAAUGGAAAUAACUUUUAUCUUUCUAUUUUUCAUUUUUAUUCUGCUGGAUUGUGGCUGCCACAGCCCAGUUUUACCAUAACAUUUUAAUAGGUUUUUUUUUUUCUUGGGUCACACAUUCCUACUGUGAGCAGGCAGGUUCUAUUGAAGGUAAUUUCAGAGAAGUGGUGGAUUCUGAAGGAAAAGUGUUUAAGAUAUUGGUCAGGAAUUAAAGUAUUACAAGUAUCACAGCAUCAAUGUGUCCAGAUCAGUGAAAAUGCAUUUGCCCCAGCUGAAGCAAUUUGUUGCAAGAUGCAAAUAUCGGUUGAAAAUUAGAUUCUGUUUGGCUGGGCCUGGCAUAUUUUGGUUAAAGUAGCUGUGCCGUGUAUUAGGAACCGUUUUUGUGUUUUCAUGGUAAUUCACUGAAAUGUUAAGUCUUCCACCUAACCCGUAUAAUGAAUAUAAUGCUGUUUGCACCCAUGCUCGUGUUGGCUCUCCAAGUGCAUGGUGCAUGUUGGUAACCAAGAGUUUUGUUUUAUUGCUAACCAAGUGCACUUUUCUUCAGCACACGUCACUGUAGACCUUUGUCUGUUUGUAAAUGUUUAAGAAUGGCAAAGAGCCUGAAAUGUGAUUUGGUGUAGCUUGAUUUAUAUAUUCAUUAUAUGGGUUACAUUCAGCCUCUUGUCAAGCACUGUGGGUUUUUUUUUUUUGUUUGUUUUUGCAUCAGUGAUUUGCUUUGAAAUAAGCACAUAAAUACUUUAUAUCCACACUGUUUCUUUUAGUUGGGUUGACCCCACCCCACCCAAAUAAAACAUUUCUCUACUCUUA